CUGCAAUAUCCACUUAUCAGUAACCAUAUAAAAGGAAGAUCGUCUCUUUCUACCGACCUCCGUCCAGGAUAAAUUGGCAACAAUUUUAUGUAAUACGAACUAACAGCAAACACCUCUACCAUUUUAGGCAACAUCCUAAGGGUGAGGAAAACCGAGACUGGCUACGUCACGAUGCAUUGAAAAAUGUGUCCAGCCCUGAGAGACAGGGGCGGUGUUGACCUGACGGCUUGUAGAGAAGGUGUAGAGGCAGUGCUGAUGUUAUUUUCUCAGACUAGCCAAGAAGGCUGGCUAGACCUAUCUCACAUGCUAGCCGCUGUGUCUCAGGCCAAUGACCGUGGAGUGGUUAUUGGAAUAACGACAAGGUGCGAGCAGUUUGCAAUUCGCGAAGUCACUGAGAUGGAGCUAGAAUCCUUUGAAGCAACGCAUGUUAUACCAGUCUUGAAAAAUGGUCGCCAGUUCCAGACGAUCACUGACGAAAAAUCUAGCUUAGCCCCUGUUAUGGAUUUUCUGCAAACGGCUAUAGUAUCAGGAUCAAGAAUUACUCCCCAUUAAGCCAUACACUUUAUAAAAAAAAGGGUUUUUUUUGUAAGUAUAGGCAACUAAGUGCAGCAGGUUGUGUCACUGAAUGUGGGAGAGCCUUCCUCUUUUCUUUUGAAUCAGAUUUUCAUUGUACUCUAAUAGUAUCACUUUUAGGUGUAGUUAUGUUGUUUACUGACUUUGCUUUCCAGGAAACAAUAAAUGCGCAGUUUAAUGUAUCACUUGACUUCUUUGGUAUGGAAGUAUUUACUGUAGAUUUGUAUUUUAUGGAUAACAGUCGCAAUGUCCUAUAGAAACAAUUAAAAGAAAGAUCAACGUGCUCUCGGUUUCUGAAACAACUACAAUGAAUACGAAAGAACAGCAGCUAUAGCAUAAUAACCGAGGACUUGGGAGCCAACUAACUAACCCUUAUGCAGAUCAGAUUGUGACUUGCAAAAUGAUGUACAGAUAUUUAUGACAUAAAUAAAAGCUGUGCUAGAGAUUAUAUAAUUAUUUCUGAAAAUGUGCAAAAUUCAAAUGAAAAACUGGCAUUUGCCAACUUUAAAGUACUUAUUUGAAUAUUUCAUUUGCUAGGUACAGAGUGAAGUAACUAGCAGAUAAGUUACCAGUAUGAAAGUGUUCCCUUUUCACAUAAUUGUGUAUAUGUGUAUUGAGAUUUUCAGGAACUAGCCAAUUAGUUUUGCAUACAGAGGUUAGACAACAAUUUAGACAUCCCAAAACAUUUUGGGGCUCAGUGUAAGCAUUAAGCAAUACAUGAAACUAAUGGUUCUUUUCCUAACAGUAGAACCUGUGCAUGGGUUUUGACAUUAAACAUUCCAUAUCCGUCUGUCAUAACUAGGAAAAUGUGUAUGGGAUGUGAAAACUCAUAGUCAGAAAUGACUAUCAAGAUUGAUAAACAAAAGACUUCUGUUGUAUGCUAAUUAUGAAUGAUACUUUGACCAAAUCUAGUCUGCACUGUAGUACUGUUAUCAUUAACAUUUGUACAUAAGAUUUUCCCUUUACAGUGCUGGAUGUGAAGUAAGUCCUCUCUGCUAUCGUAUAUCUCUUGUGCAUUCUACCUGAAUUCCUCCCUGAUUUAGAGCUUCAUUUUUACCUUCUCUUCUAAGCCUUCCUACUGGCAUUUUUCGUACUCCUAUUAUAUCUGCCAAUUUCCUGACCAACUGUCCCCUCCCCUCACCUCAUUAUAUAAUCAUACCAUCUAUUUCAGAGAUCUUGGUGUAUUUUGUUAUAUAUUUUAGUCAUAAAUAUUCAAAAUCUGUAUUCUGUGAUUCUGCUGUGUAGAAUAUUACAGGCUUCAUGUAUGCAUUAUACAUAGAGUUUUGCAAAUUAGAUACA